GUUAAACUCUCUGAUCCCAUUGCCUUCCAUAUUUCCCAUAAGCAAAGUACACAACUGUUUUAAGGGUAGAUGAUCAUGGAAGAUCCUCGGUUUCAUGAGUAUACUAAUGAUUACGUCAAUGAUUUCUCAUUAGAUGAUGGGAAUAAUGUGUUUCCAAUCUUUGAUCAAUUUUCUAGUUAUGCAACUAGAGGAUAUAGAUUUAGAGAUGAGCCUCUAGAUCUCAGUUUCUUAGAUGUUCCUUCUCCUGUAGCGAAUCAUGAUUCGGUGAGAACCAUGAAUUCGCUACCAGGGAUGGCGUCGCAGAUAGAUUCUGCGCACGAAGAGUAUGACAAUUCGGUUUUUAAGUUCUUAAACCAUAUUCUUGUGGAAGAGAAUAUGGAGGGUAAGCAAAGUGUGUAUAAUAAUGAUCCUUUUGCUUUACAAGCAACUGAAAAUUCUUUUUAUGAAGCACUUGGAAGUAGCAAUCACCGAGAACCUCUUCGUCCGCCUCCUCUUAUCCUUGUCCCGAAUGUUCAAACUCCAGAAGAAAUUGUUUGUGGGAGUUCAAGCGAGUAUAGUACUUGUGGUAGCAAUAACUCGGUUGAUCCACGAUGGGUUAGAAGUGAUUCGUUUGACACCAAUUCUUCGGUUACUCAAGCUAAUUCACUUGAGUGCCUUCCUUUUAGGUCUAGUACCACUAGUGUCGUUAAUGAUGUUAACGACACAAUGGAUUCGAUAAACACACAUAUGCUUCAACAUAUGUUCACUGAUAGUGAAUCUAUCUUGCAAUUCAAGAGAGGUAUGGAGGAAGCAAGUAAAUUUCUUCCUCCUAGUAGACCUCUAAUUAUCGAUUUGGACAAGUACAAUUUGCCAUCCGGUUCACCUCCAGGAGUUCCAGUGAAGGUGGAGAGGGUCGAUACGGAGAACUCACCAAACCCACUCAAGGGAAGAAAGCAUUUUCCAUUGGAAGAUGAAUAUUUUGAAGAUGAAAGAAUUAGCAAACAGCCGUCCGCGGUGAAUGAAGAUGAAGAGGCCGAGUUGUGCAAAAUGUUUGAUCAAAUUCUUCUUUGUACGAAUGCAAAAGGGGAGCCUGUACCCGGUUUUGGUGAUCAUCUUCCAAGUCAUAAUAACAUUAAGCAUGUGUAUAAUGGUUGGAAUGCUCCUUGGACAGGAAAUCCAAGUGACAAUAUCGAUAUUAGAACGCUUUUAAUCAAGUGUGCACAAUCAAUUGCUGAUGAUGAUCACAGGAUUGCAAGUGAGCAGUUAAAGAAGAUAAGAAAACACACUUCACCUUCAGGCAAUGCUUCCGAGAGGUUGGCUCAUAUUUUUGCUCUUGGCUUAGAAGCACGAUUAUCCGACACCAGUUCACAGCUUUACACAUCUCAAAAAGCUACAAAAAUCCCGGCUGCUGACAAGCUGAAACCGUUUCAGGCUUACUUGUCAGCCUGCCCUUUUGUAAAGAACGAGGUUUACUACGCUAACAAAAUGAUACUUGAAGCAGCUUGGACAUCUUCAACUCUUCAUAUAGUAGACUUUGGUAUUGCAUAUGGUUUUCAAUGGCCAAUCCUUAUUAAACACUUGGCAGACCGACCUGGUGGGCCGCCUAAGUUGAGGAUAACUGGAAUCGAGUUUCCACAACCUGGUUUUAGGCCCGCGGAGAUGGUAGAAGAAACAGGAAGGAGGUUGGCCAUUUAUUGUGAGCGGUUUAAUGUCCCGUUUGAGUACAAUGCUUUAGCAACUCAAAAUUGGGAGAUGAUUAAACUUGAAGACCUUAAGCUUCAUAGAAACGAGUUUCUUGUGGUGAAUUCUCAGGCUCGGUUUGAGAACUUGCUUGAUGAAGUAAAUGGUACUACAGAUAGUCCAAGAGAUGGGGUUUUGAAGUUGAUUAGAGAUAUGAAACCGGAUUUUUUUGUUCAUUCGGUUGUGAAUGGAUCUUAUAGUUCGCCAUUCUUUGUUACUCGUUUCAAGGAGGCCCUUUUCCACUACUCUUCCUUGUUUGAUAUGCUUGAUACGAUAUUAGACCGUACAAAUGAGCAUAGACAGAAUUUCGAGAUGGAAUUUUAUGGGCGUCAAGUUAUGAAUGUGAUUGCGUGUGAAGGUCCUCAAAGGGUGGAGAGACCCGAGACUUACAAGCAGUGGCAGGUCCGAACUUCCAGGGCUGGGUUCAAGCCUAGACGUGUGAACCGUGAUAUCGUUUCACAGUUGAAAUGUAAGGUCAAGGUCGGUUAUCACAGAGACUUUGUGCUUGAUGAAGACGGAAAAUGGAUGCUUCAAGGAUGGAAAGGCCGGAUUCUGUAUGCUGUUUCGUGUUGGGUACCUACCUAAUUCGAGUCUUCAACUAUCUUAUUAGUUAUAGCAAAAGGUGUCCUUUGGGCAUGGAUGUCCUUAUAACUUGAUUAAAGAUAACAGUUUGAUGAAGAAAUUACUCAAGUUGAGCCAGACUGUUAUAGAAGCAUGCAUCACAAUGGGAUGUUAGUAUUGCUGUCAAAUUAUGGCUGCAGGCGCGUCAAUCUUUCUUGGAUUAGAAUGGUGAGCUAAGUUGUCUUUCAAGUUAGUAAUUAUACAAUGUGAGAAUUCAGAUUCCAGCUAGCUAUAUGUUGCAAUUGUUUCAAGGGAGUAUAGAUCCAUUACUUUUUUAGAAUAUCAGUGCCUACAUGUAUAUAAAAAUGUAGUAUCUGGCUAGGUAAUUCAUGUUUAAUUAGUUAGUUUGUUGGAUUUAUUUGUUGUUAGCCUAGUUACAUGUUUGUAUUUUUCCUUGAUUACAUAGUUUUGUGGUUGUAUGUAAUUUGGUUGUUCAGUUUUGAUA